CAUCACCCAUUCCGCACGCUGCACACGACCACAAGCAUGGGCUUCGAGGCAGUAGUCGGGACACUUGCUUCGGUCGGCAUGGCCGUCGGCCCGCCGCUCGUUUACGUCGACCAGGCUUACAGUAUUAUCAAGAAGAGGGACUCGUCGGGCUUCUCUCAUGACGUCUGCGGCGUCAUCAUCAUCGCAUGUACGAUCCGCGUCUUCUUCUGGCUCGGGGAGCACUUUGAGACGCGUACGUGGCCCCUGCCUCAGCCAAGCUCACGCGGUGCAGCACUGCUCGUCCAGGCCCUGCUGCUCAUCAUCUCGCAGCUCGCACUGCUGUGGAUCUGCCUGUACUACUCGCCGCAGCGCAAGACCAAGGCCGUCGAGCGGGACGACGAGGCGGAGGGCGACGAGGAGACGGACCGCACGGCAUUCUUGCCUGAGGAGAGCGCCGCCCCAGAAGCCCCGGCAUGGCGCCGCCCGUUCAACUUCUGGCAGUGGGACAACUUUGGCAGCUACCUCGAGUUCUUGGCCGGGUUGAUUGUUGUGCUCUCUGUCCUGCAGUUUGCCCUGGGCCGGUUCCGAUGGUACCCAGAGUCGACCCUCCCCGUCCCCCAGUUCAUCUCAAACUUCCGCCGCAAGUCGUGCUACGGCUUCCGGUCGACGACGCUCGCCGGCUGGCUGUUCGGCGACACGUUCAAGACGGGAUACUACUUUAUCCGCAACAACCCGCUGCAGUUCAAGGUGACUGGCCUCAUGACCAUCUGCUGGGACAUUGGCGUCCUCAUCCAGAGGAUAUACUACGGCGCCGAGAAGCCGGCAAACACCUUGGCGCUAGGUGACGACGCCGGAGACGAGCGUGCUCUAACCCCCUAGACGCGAUCCAGACCUAAAGUCAUCCCCACCCACACCCCCUCAACUCAUACACAUGGAUG